GGAAAGAAUACCCGGGCAACCUUACCGGAUAUGUUAGUUUCACUUGCAUUGUUGCUGCCAUUGGUGGUCUUAUUUUCGGUUACGAUAUAGGAAUUUCGGGGGGUGUGACAUCAAUGGACAGAUUCUUAGAGAAGUUCUUCCACGCGGUAUACCUAAAGAAGAAGGCGGUGACAUCCACAAAUCAGUACUGCAAAUUUGAUAGCAUUCCGUUGACGUUGUUCACCUCGUCGCUCUACCUCGCUGCACUUUGUUCCUCACUCAUCGCGUCCUAUGUGACGCGGAGACUUGGGAGGAAGUAUUCCAUGCUGUUGGGAGGCGCUCUCUUCUGCGCCGGCGCUUUGAUCAAUGCCUUAGCUCAAAACGUGGCCAUGUUGAUCCUCGGACGCCUUUUGCUUGGUUUUGGCGUUGGCUUUGCCAAUCAGGCCGUUCCACUUUACUUGUCUGAAAUGGCUCCCUACAAGUAUAGAGGAGCACUCAACAUUGUGUUUCAACUAUCCAUCACCAUUGGGAUCUUAGUUGCCAAUGUGUUGAACUACUUCUUUGCAAAGAUGAGUUGGGGUUGGCGUUUGAGUCUGGGAGGAG